AGAAGACGUCAAGGUGAACAAAAUCAUCGAAGCAGCUCGUAAUCGAAGUUGUCGCUGGAAAAGAGUGAAGCAAACAACAAAAUUUAAAUUUGCUAAAUAAUGUUGAAAAUUUUAUGAAAAUCUUAUUGAAAAUUAAUUAAUAACAAUUGCUAUAGUUGUGUUUGAAUAGUGUUAAGCUUGAAAUGUCUUCAAAUCAACGACAAUUCGCUCAAAAACUAUCAAAGCAACAAGCUUCGGAAGUGCGAAAGAACGUCGUAAGCUGUGGCUUGACUACAAAACCAGCGGAUGUUGCGUCUUUAUGUUCAUCUACGAUUUGCCUAACUGAACCGGUAGAGCCAUUGGACUAUGAAGAAUUUUUAUUGCAACAUUCGAAUGUUUUAAAUCGAGACCCACUGAGACAGAUAUUGGAAUUCCCACCGGGAGAUGUUUCGGUGAAGACAAUACCCAGGAAAAUUCGUACUGUGGAACACAUUGUGCCAAAAGAAAAUAUAACUGAACUACCUCCCCAUGUCCAGGAAUGCGUGAAUUGUUUCACGAGACCAUGGAAAACCGUGGAAUACUCCCAACGUCAUUUCUCGAGUUCUUGUUGUACCCGAGAACGUGUCGAUCGUGGUACUUUGAGUCCAACAAAUUUCCAACAAGAAUUCGAAAUCGACAAAGAUUUCGCCUCCUUCGAUGAUGGCUUCACCGACAAGAGUGACAGUUGCACGCCAAGCAGUCGUCAAUCCAUUGCCAGCCUCUCUUCGGUUUCAUCCUGCACUGAUACCCUCACACCUCGCGGAUCAUGGGCUAGUUUCGAUUUACGUCGUUCAGUCAAUGAUCCACUCAUACCAAAUCUCCUCGAUGAUCUACCUCCAGAAAGUAUUGACCAAGCCAACGAAACACGUCGUCAAGAAGAUCGACAAGAAUCUCUAUUUAGUUUAUAUCCUGAAGCUGAUCCAGAUGAUCUCAUCGAACGUCGAUUGCCAGCUGAAAAACCAAUCGAACAUCAAGGACAUCGAAUUCAUGUGAAAUGUCUGCAACUUCGAUUGGAGCUUGAAGUUGAACCGAUAUUUGCCUCAAUGGCAAUUUAUGAUGCCAAAGAAAAAAAGAAAAUCUCGGAAAAUUUCUACUUUGACAUGAAUUCGGAUAAUUUGAAGCGAAUGCUGAAUUCCCACGUACAGUACAGCGAUGUCAGCACUCAAAGUCGAACUGGAAUCUUUGAGAUAACCUAUCCGAGUAAUGAUUUGUUCUUAGUUAUUCGGCUGGAGAAAGUUCUGCAGGGUGAUAUUAAGGAUUCAGUUGAACCGUACCUCAAGGACGACAAAGACAAGUACCGAGAUAAGGCAAAAUCAAAUGCAGCCGAUUAUUGUGAGCGUUUGGGAAAGUAUCGUAUGCCUUUUGCCUGGACUGGUAUCUACCUAACGAACGUCUUCAAUGGGGACAAUUUUGAGAGUGAAAAGGAGAACAGCAGCUUGGGUACUGCUUCUAGUUCCAAUAGUUUAGAUCGAAAAUCUUCGACCAGUAGCUUCGAUCAACUUCGACAGAAAGCAAAUGUUAUGAGUGGCACUUUGACGAGAAGAGGUUCUCUCGAACGGAAAAGUGAAAAGCGACGCUCGUGGUCACCGGACGAGUUUGCCAAUAGCAUAGAGACCUUCCGACCAAUUACAAUUACCGUAUCGAGUUUUUUCAAACAGGAAUCUGAUAAAAUGAAAGAUGAAGACUUGUACAAGUUUCUGCCGGAAUUAAAACGUCCAGCAGCGGUAGUGAAGAAAUACAAAUGUAUACCAGGUUCUAUUAAGUUAGAAAUCUCUCCAUGCCCCGAAGAUGUCAAAUGUGCUCUCUCACCGGAAUUGGCCAAAGUUGAACCCUACCCAAAUGACAACACUCGACCGGUCAAGGAAAUUUUGGAAUUCCCCUCAAGUGCCAUUUAUAUUCCCCACUACACCUAUCGUAAUCUUCUGUUUGUAGCUCCGAAGGAGUUGAAUUUCUCAUCUCGAGCUGGUUCGGCUCGAAACAUCGCCGUUCGCAUUCAACUUAUGGCUGGAGAGAAGCAAAAUGAAGCCCUUCGAGCCAUCUUUGCAAAAUCCUCCUGUCCCGAAUACACCUCCGAGGCAUUUACAGCUGUCAAUUAUCACAAUAAAUGUCCAGCUUUCUAUGAUGAGAUUAAAAUCGCUCUUCCAGCGAAUAUCAAACAAAAUCAUCAUCUUCUCUUUACCUUGUACCAUGUGUCGUGUCAGAAGAAACCCCAAGAAAUGCAAACAACAGUUGAAACUCCUGUUGGUUAUACUUGGAUUCCAUUGCUCGAGGAUGGGAAGCUUAAAGUUGGAGAAUUCAAUUUGCCAGUGAUGGUGGAAACACCUCCGGAAAAUUAUUCAUUCAUCCCGCCAAAUGUCCAUUUACCCGGAACCAAGUGGUUGGAUAAUCAUCGUCCGGUGUUUACGGUGAGUAUUGAUGCUGUGACGUCCAUACACACCUUGGACCCUUGUCUUGAUCGAUUCUUCCUUGCGUGUGAGUUUCUCGAGUCGAAGAAAGUCCCUCCACACAUUGGUGAAGGAAACAUGGAAAAAGAAAUGAAAAAAUGUCUUGUCGACAUUGAGAAUGCAGAUCGAGAACCGUUGGUCAAGAAUCUUCCAAUAGUUUUGGAUAAACUCAUUGAAUUGUUGGUCACAACUUAUAAGAUCACUGGACAAACGUUAUCCAUGGGUUCAAAUGUUUUUGAAGUUCUUUGUAUGGUUUCAGAAAAUCUUUCGAUCCUUUCUGAUGACUUGGUCGUUGACCAAUAUGGACGUCAGAGUCUCCUGUCAACUUAUGUGCAAUUUCAAACGAAGAUCCUUCAUCCAUUUAGUAGAAAGAGACGACUGACGUACAGCAGGAGUAAUGCCGAAGAAAUGAUGGUGUCUUCACAUGAUGGGUAUGUAAUGCAUGAACACGGAGGAAGGAGCUUAGAUCGAAAAGAAAUAUCAGCAGAAAUCUCUCCCUCGUACAUCGGUCGUGAUGGACAGAUUCGUUUGUUGCACGAAGAAUUGGCUCUUCAUUGGGUUGUUGCGAGUGGCAAUGCAGCCGAAAUGGCCAUGAAAAACUCUUGGUUCCUCUUCGAACUUAUGGUCAAAUCGAUGAUUGAACAUUUGGAUCUUACGCGGGCUUUGACAGCUCCUCGAAAAAGUCGUUUUCCACAUCAAUUCACAGACGAUAUAUCGACAUUAAUUCAUUUGGUUACAACCAAAGUAGUUGGUUAUCAUAAUAUCGAUCAGAAAUUGGCACAGUCUCUCAAUGCCAGUUUGGGUUUCUUCAUAUUUGAUUUAUUCAACAUAAUGGAUAGGGGUUUUGUUUUCGGGUUGAUAAAAACCUAUUACAAAGUUUUGAUUUCAAAGAAUUCAUCGAUUCCUGAUUUGAUGCAUUAUAAAGUGGAUUUCCUGAGAAUUGUGUGCAGUCAUGAGCAUUACAUUGCAUUGAAUCUACCAUUUGCUACUCCUUACACGACGGUUCCAACUCCGACAAGUCCAACUCCAAGCACAAACUCAAACAAUAGUCAAAAUUCUUAUGGAUCAAUUGACAAGGCUCUCCAAGCAGACCUAAAUGCUGAAUUCAGGCAGCAGCAUUACCUAGUCGGAUUGGUCUUGAGUGAAUUGGCCACUGUUUUGGAAGUUUCAAAUCCACCACUUCACAGUAAAGCAAUUCGAUGCAUACGUAACUUGAUGACCUCGCAUGAUCUGGACGCUCGAUACAGCGAUUCAGAUGCUAGAGCUCGUGUAGCGUCGUUGUAUAUCCCCCUUCUUGCAAUUGUAAUGGACACCAUUCCUCAGCUUCACCAAUUUCUCACAGACACUCAAGACCGUCUGCACAGCAUUGGACUUCUCGAGGACUACCAAGGACCACAUCAGCCAAUUGCCACAACGACCAUAAGUCCUGAGGUAGCUUAUGCAAUUUCUGGCAGUCGAACGUAUUCAUAUGUCCCCGAUCCUGUGAAGAACAAAUCUCAGUUAAACACUGAAGACACAAGACACCUUCUAGCCUGCUUUAUAUGGGUCAUUAAGAAUUUGGAAAGAACCAUCCUCUAUCGUUGGGUUUUGGGUUUGAGUCCGCAUCGUGUUCAUCAAAUGCUCCAGGUCCUGAACUGGUGUAUUCCAUGUUUUGAAUAUCGGGGACAAAAACGUCUGCCAAUGGUGAAGCGAAACAACACUCAAAGUUUCCGCAAAACUCCCGAUAUGAAGGAGAAGCUGGAAGAGUACAUCCGGGGCACUGGUUCGGCUCGAAAUGAUUUGAUAAAUCGUCGAAAGGAUCGUAAUUCAACUGAGAAACUCCGCUGGCGGAAGGAUCAGAUGCCGUAUAGGUCACAAUUUGCCGAUCUACCGGUCAAGGCUGAGCCAGAAAUCGAAAUAACUCACUGCAUAGAAGGAUCACUGGCCACAGAAUUGAUUCUCGUCACUUUGGAUGCUCUGGAAAUUAUAGUGCAGGUGGCGACAAAUUCAGAAAUCCACCACAAUCUCCUGAGGACCGUUCUGAAGGUUCUUUUACACGCUCUCUCCCGCAAUCAAAGUACACUCUCUCUGCAGAAUCUAUUUGCGUCGCAGCGCUCUUUAAUCUUUAAGUUCCCGAAUUUAUUGUUCGACGAGGAGACCGAUAUUUGUGCAGAUCUGUGUUUGUUGCUUCUGAAGCAUUGUGGAUCAUUGCUACCUGGAAUAAGAUCUCAAGCCGCUGCUUCUCUGUAUCUUCUUAUGAGACAGAAUUUUGAAAUUGGAAAUAACUUUGCACGUGUUAAAAUGCAAGUUACCAUGUCCCUUAGUUCGCUGGUCGGAACAAGCUCCUCCUUCAGCGAGCAGUCCCUUCGCAGAGCAUUGAAAACCAUUCUAGUCUAUGCUGAGUCCGAUAUCGAUCUUCAAGACACGUCUUUUCCAGAGCAAGUUCAAGAUUUACUUUUCAAUUUGCACAUGAUCCUCUCGGAUACUGUAAAAAUGAAAGAAUACCAAGAAGAUCCUGAGAUGUUAUUGGAUCUGAUGCAUCGCAUAGCCAAAGGCUAUCAAAAUAAUCCUGACUUACGAUUGACAUGGCUCGAGAAUAUGGCUAAAAAGCAUCGUGAGCGUGCCAAUCAUACCGAAGCUGCAAUGUGUUAUGUGCACAGUGCUGCUUUGGUUGCCGAAUAUUUGAGUAUGUUAGAGUCACAAACUCAUUUGCCAGUUGGGGCAGUUAGUUUUCAGAAAGUCACACCAAACGCUCUCAUGGAAUCGGCAGUAUCUGAUGAUGUUCUAAGUCCCGGCGAAGAUGGUAUUUGUCUUGGCAAUCAUUUUACUGAGAUCGGACUGAAGGCGUUGUUGGAGGAGGCUGCAAACUCGUUCCAAAUUGCUGGAAUGUACGAAGCAAUGAACGAGGUUUUGAAAAUUCUAAUACCCAUAUGUGAGGCGAAUCGUGAUUUCCAGAAGUUGGGCAAGGUACAUGGUAAACUGCAAGAGGCCUUCAAUAGAAUCGCACAAUUGCAAGGAAAACGUGUCUUUGGCACAUAUUUUCGGGUGGGAUUCUAUGGAACAACAUUUGGAGAUCUCGAUCAACAGGAGUUCAUCUAUAAAGAACCUACUUUGACGAAAUUACCUGAGAUAUUUAGUCGGCUUCAAAGUUUCUAUGCCGAUCGAUUUGGUCCGGAUUCAGUUCAUAUAAUCAAAGAUUCAAAUAAUGUCGAUGUAAACUCGUUGGACCCAGAUAAGGCCUACAUCCAAAUCACUUACGUUGAGCCUUACUUUGAGACUUUCGAAUUACGUCACAGGGAAACAUAUUUCGAGAGGAAUUUUAAUAUAAAGCGUUUUAUAUUUGCAACUCCAUUCACCAAGGGCGGCAAAGCUCAUGGGGAACUUAACGAACAAUGCAAACGCAAAACAAUUCUCACCACCGCCAAUCAUUUCCCCUACGUGAAGACUCGCAUUCAAGUCAUAAGCAGACAACAGAUAAUCUUAGAACCCAUCGAAGUGGCAAUUGAAGAUAUUCAAAAAAAGACAUUAGAAUUAGCUGCGGCGACAAAACAAGAACCCGCAGAUCCAAAAAUUUUACAAAUGGUCCUGCAGGGUUGCAUUGGAACAACAGUCAAUCAAGGACCCAUGGAAAUGGCUACAGUUUUCUUAUCUGGUCUAGCCGAUGGGGUGACCAUACCGACAAAACAUCAAAAUAAGUUACGUUUGUGUUUUAAGGAAUUCGCUAAACGAUGUACGGAUGCAUUGAAGAAAAAUCGUAAUCUCAUUCAAGCCGAUCAGAAAGACUAUCAACGGGAAUUAGAGAGAAAUAAUGAACGUUUCUUGGAACGUUUGUCGCCGUUGAUCACAUUAAGCCCUAGUCAAGCUGUCGGAGCUGUGAACGCCAACAGUUACGUCAGCAAAAGUACACCAUUAAGAUGUGUUUCAGAUUAUUUUAAGUAAAACUUAUAAUUCAUAAAUAAAUAUAAUAAAUUAUACUCAAUUUUCGAUUUAUUUAAAAUAUGCAAUAGAAAUUCUAUUCUAUUACUCGAAAUGAAAUUAUUUUUAAACUUAGAAAUUUAAUACGUGUGUAGUGUUUAGCGAAUUUUGUUCUAAUUAAUUUGUAGUUAAUAAUAAAUAUAUGUAUUUCUUAAUUUUAUUAUUUAAUGUAAACAUUUUGGACUGAACGAAACCAAAAAUUUAAAAAGAAUAUUUUUUUGUUUAUUUUUUGAGAUAUUAGAAGUAAUAAUAAAUAUUUAACAAAACAAAAUUAUUUUCAAGUAUUUAAAAAACAAAUAAUAAAAUCAAAAAUGCAUUUUAAAGCAAAGAAAAUCAAAUUAAAUUUUAGAAGCUUUUAGCUUUUUUUAUAAAAAUGCAUUUUAUAUAUUUAAAUAUUAUAUACAAUUAUAAUAACAACAACAAAAUAAACAUACAUAUACCAUUUAUGAGUGUGCAUUACAAAUUAAAGCAUCUCAUCAAACAUAAAUCAUUAUAAUAUACCGUAUUUAUUUUGAACAAAAACAGUUUACUUAGAUAUAAAUUUAUGUAUACUUUAUAAACAAAAAAUAUUAUUAUAAACGUGUAGUAAGUAUAGUAGUCAUUUACAUUUACACAUUUUUUGUACUUAAAUCGGAAACGAAACAAAUAAAUCACAAUGCAAUUAUUAUGUUGUAAA